CAGAUCUAGGAAAGCUCAUUUUAUCUUCAAGCAAACGUCCUGUCCGCACGGUACGUCCUCAGCAUAUUCUCAUCAGAGAUCGACUCAUUACGAAAACCAAGCCAACCGAAGGUACUCUCAUCACAGCCAAAUGCCAAUCACAAGGAAUUAUACAACACAAUAAUUAAUACAAGGAAUUACUCAACCCACCAGUGAUUCACCAAUGGUAUCUCCACUGGUUCUUCUCCUAAGCUUGUGCUUAGUAUGUUGCAAGUCAGCUGCAGAAGCUGAUCUCAUGUCGGAGUUCGACCAUAAUGCCGUCCUAGAUACCCAUGAGAAGAUGAAACUGUAUUGGAGUACUGAUUUGGACGCAAAAAUGAUUUAUUUCGCCAUGGAAGCGGUGAGCACUGGAUGGGUAGGACUUGGGUUUUCAGAAAAUGGAGCCAUGAUCGGUAGUGAUGUUGUGAUAGGCUGGGUCAAAGACGGUAAAGGAAAUUUAAAGGAUCAUUUUGCAACAUCCAGUUCAAGUCUGGUUGUCGACCAUCAACAAGACUAUGAACUCACUGGGUACAAAGAAAGUGGUGGGAAAGCGGUGUUAAGAUUUCAAAGAAAAUUUGACACGCACGAUCCUUGGGACAGGAAAUUUGAGAAAGGAGACACAAAUGUCAUAUUUGCGUUUCACUCAGAGAACCCAGACUCGCCGAUGGAAAUUCCAAAACAAGUUUUCAGAGUGUCAAGGAGAAUGAUAUCGUUUGUCAAAAGGAACAAGAGAGCCGCUGACAACGGCGAAAGCGGAGAGAAGAGAUUCAGGUUCACUGCAAGGAACGUAACCAUUCCUUCAAGAAAAUCAACCUACUGGUGUACAGUCUCACGAGGUCCCAACUUGAAAUCCAAGCACCACAUCACUAGGUUCGAAGCUAAGAUCCAAGCAGAAAACAAAGACUUGGUUCAUCAUAUGGCGCUGUUCCAGUGUUACACUGAUUACAACUUCGCCAGCGAAUUCUUCCUUCAAGGGGGUGAUUGCUUUGCCAAUAAUAUGUUUGCAAAGUGUAAAGGAUUCAAUUCAAUUGCUGUCGCUGGUGCAGGGAUAGAGACCCACAUCAACUUACCAGACCAUGUUGGUUUCCCAAUCGGUGGCGAAGAUCUGCCCAAAAUCUAUUUGCUAGAAAUCUUUUACAGUAAUCCGGGAAAAAAGGAAGGAAAAAUAGACAGCUCAGGAUUUGAUCUGUAUUACACUCAGAAUGUUCGGACUUAUGACGCUGGAAUGGUGUAUCUGGGAACCAAACUGGAUGAUUGGCAAAUUAUUCCUCCUAAACAGAAAGAUUGGGUUUUGGUUGGCUACUGCAUGCAUCAAUGCACCGAGGAUAAGUUCAAUUCUACGUCUUUGCCAGGAAAAGGAAUCAAAAUAUUUGCAGCUAAUACCCACAUGCACUCAGCAGGUCGCGCCGCCUGGAUUAAACAUAUUCGUAAUGGGAAGGAAUUACCAGAAAUUGAUUGUACAGACAAGUUUGACUUUCCGAAGGAGCAGAAACUGCGGCUCUUAAAAAAGGAAGCUCAUAUCAAACCGGGUGAUGACCUCAUCCAGUUUUGCAAGUAUGAUUCUUUGAAUUCAAAGAAACUGAUCAAGGGAGGUAUCGAUGGUGACGAUGAAAUGUGCUUUGGAAUUGUGUUUUAUUAUCCGCGGAUAUCUGGCUUUUUAAGAUGUCAGAGCGUCUCAAUUGAUCCAUCCUUAAAGCUACUGAACAAAUAUUUUAACAAACCAAAGGUCACUUCACUGAAUAGCAACCCACUUGUUCAUCGUAACGCAACCUGGAGUGAUGCGAUGGUUGCUGACUUCAGGGAAUACGAACGUAACAACGAAAAAGUCAUUCCUGAAUGUAUUUACAAAGCCAAUUUGACAACUAAUGAUUUGAAAAACGUCACCAUCAAUGUGCCAAUUCCGAAAAUUUCCGAGGGCUUGCCUCCUGAGCAGCAUACAUGUCAGUCUCAAGUGAUCUCCUCGGAAUCUGUGAAUCUGUCUCGUUCGGCUUGUACUUUUGUUUUCGGAACACUGUGUGCUUUGGUUGGUGCGUUAAAGUAACAGUGACGGUGCACUGCGAGAUGCACAACUCGCGAUACCUAUUGAUAGGAGGUUUUUAGACUCUGUAGUUGUAGUUGAUAUUAUAAAUUGACCGGUAGAAUAUGAAUGAUUCAUUUCCGACUUUAGGUUAGAAUAAACAGGUAGUUCUGAAUAAUUGAACCUUUUAUUAUCAGAGGCUCAUUUUGUGGCGAAGGGUUAAUUUUUUGUAGGGUAAUGUAGGGAGAGGUAAAACAGCUUUUGUCCUUUUUGUUUUGAUUCGGUGCUUUCCAUAUAUUCGAUGAUCUCUUUUGAUGAGUUUUUAAUAAACCAUGCAAAUUAAUCAUUGAAGAUCAGAACUUGAAGGUUUGCGUCGAGAUGUUUUCGUUUUUCAUAAAUAUAACAGGAUAACGGGUCUAGGAGAUUUCAGUAGCCGGCAUCUUUUUCUUAAAUAAAUGUUUUUAUUUAAAUGCGUAGUUGUUGAUACUUUUUAGUGCGUGUACGUCCAACGCAGGCUAGGGAUGGUUUCCUUUGCUUCUCUACGUUCAAACAAUAAGAAAUAACUUAAGUCGCAGCACCUUUUACACUAAACUCGACUUGUUCUCAGUAGUCAAAUGAAUAAAGGGGGUAAGUUUCUGAAGAAA